UCGUAACGUAUUAUUCGCGGCGCGAUAUAGUAAAGUGCGUACCGCGUCUAGCUUUCCACUCUUAGUUUCUAGCCAAAGACUCCAAAAUGGGACUAGCGGCUCAUCAUAAGAUAUCAGCCACAAUCUCGAUUCUUAUUUUGAUGUGCACAUUUGGAUUGCGGGCAAUUCGCGCUCAGGAUACCGUCGACCUACAUCAACCAGAAAUUACUGAAGCAAUUAUAGAAGAAAUCAAACCAGAAGAUUUAGAAGUGGACCUUGAACGAGCAGAAACAAAAGAUGGUCAAGACUCUGAAAUUGUCAAACAAAUACGAAAAUUAAAUGCUGAUGGGUCUUAUACAGUUGGGUAUGAAGCUGAUGACGGAACCUUCAAAAUUGAGAGUCGUGAUGUCUUGGGAAAUGUUAAAGGUACGUUUGGAUAUGUGGAUGUGAAUGGUGAAAUCAAAAGGGUAUCUUACAUAGCAAACAAUGAGACUGGCUUAAAAUCAGAUUCACAUGUUGAAGAAACCACGGUUACACCCAGGCGACACAAAGGAACCCCCACCACCAGGCGACCACAGUAUUCUAGCUCAACUGCAUCACCAACAAGACCCUCAGUGAUACAAACAAUACCAAGGAGAUUACGGGUUUCAACUACAGCAGGAACAGAUCGUAUGAAUAAAGAUUCUGUGGCUAAGCCCUCCGUCAAAUCCGAUUCUACUACAACAGUAAUUUAUGCUACUUCAGUUCCAACUCCGAAACCAUAUGUCAACAUUCGUCCCACUCCAUUGCCUGGUACAAAUAUGCGACAAGCAGAACAGUUGGCGCGUCCUGAUAAGCUAGAGAUAAAUCAAGGAUCAAAGAUUCAGGUAACAAGUCCCAAGGAGGCAUCAACUACAAAGCCUGUGGUUGAAGAAGUCGAUGAAAAAGAAGAAGUUACAUUACCAUAUCAUACCAAUCUCUUGCGAAGGCAAUUAAUGCCUGACGCCGACACACAAUAUGACACCCAACAUCAAAUCAUCUACAAUUCCCAGGCUGAUGACGACGUUCGAAACCUCUAUGGAACAAUGGGCUCAACCGCUAGGCCGUUAUUUACAACUACAAGCUCACCAAGGAUACCACCAGUAAUACUUGCUGCUCGGCAGAGAGCGGCUCAAAUUCAAAACUCUAUCAGCGCAAAUAAUGCACCGACGACCGAAAAGUACUAUAUCAAGUCAAGUCGCAGGCAAGAGUCCCCUGAAGCAGAACCUACAACUGAAUCAACCUCUGAAAAUACCUACUUGACUCAAAGUCCGAUACCGGUGCAAAUUCCAGCCACACGUGACGAAGGCAAACGUAUCCUUCGAAGACCGAUUCAACGACCGCAUUUCAUACGGGUAUUGGAACAGCACUCUCAGCCCCAACAGCAAGUUCCUACUCUUACAGCUAGUGGAUAUGAAGCACCCAGACUAGUGCGGAUACCAGCUGAACCUAGUGCUCAUAGAGUUGAUCCUAAUGAGCAGUAUCUCCGUGAAACUACUUCACCGCCAAAAACUGAACAAAUCGCAGAGCAGGAGCCGAUUCCGGCUCGAAUUCCUCAGGUUGUGUACCGAAAUCCUGUAGCCGCACCCCAAGCCUCGCAAUAUUAUUCGUAUCCGGAACAAGAAGCUCCUAUACCCUAUCCCACUCAUCCAAUUCCUUAUCCACCACCUCAGCCGCAAUACUAUGACUACCUAGAUCGUCCGCCACUAACGACCAGAGAUUUCGAAAAACUCCUGCAGGCCCUGAUAUUCCGCCAUCAACAAAUUCAACAGCGUGUGCCUUAUUCUGGAUAUAAUAGCCGACCAUAUUACCCAUACAACUCUGACCCUUACAGUCCAUAUCCAGUUUUUGCUACAAGACCACCACCUGCUUACCUUCCAUAUAGGACCCCAAUUCCAGCUUACGCCGAUGCAGAUGGAAUGUAUCAGGCUCAAAGCCCCAUUUCAACUGCUGAAACGCCAAUGUCGUACGAGUUGCAACGUUUGAUGACCAGAAAGAAACAGUACACGAGUAACCCGCGAUACUUUGGUUCGCAACAGGCAAUAUAUGCUUCUGAGGGUGCGUAUUCAGCAACAGCUCCACCGACUGCAGGAGGAGCAAAUGGAUAUCUUCCACCAGAAGUUCGGGAGGAGCUUUUGUACAGGAUGCUCAUGUUGGCUUUGCAAUCAGAAGUUCAACAACGUUCGGUGGCUGCACCUAUCCAGGUGGCUGCUGAAAGUGACUCAGAAGCGAGUACCACAACGAAGAGCUCUCUGGUUUACAAGAAACCCGUGAGGAGCGUACAGAUUCUUGGCGAGGAACAGUGAGGAAACCAAGGAGUAGGUUCUAAGAUAAGCUAAUUUUUUUGCUGUAGUAACAUAUUUUAUGACUAUUUUUUAUGAUUUUUAUGAUAAAUACAAAAAAAUAACAAAUCA